CUUUGUCUCACUCCUCCAGGGAUUGGUCCCUGUUACCCUGGCCAAAUUUCUACAAUUACUAGUAUUCAUUUUUUUACAGCUUCGUCGUAACACUUUCCAACAACAUAUUAGCGAACCACCGCAAUGCCGUCAGCCAUCCCACCGUCCCUUGCGUCUUACAUUCAGGCUAGCCUCGACUCUCAAUCACAGACGCUUAUUACAUCCGUUCUGAGCACGCCGUCGACAUGGCUCGCACUCCGAGUCGUGUAUGCUGCUAUUCAUGGUGUCGAGGACAUAUCUCGUGGUCAUUCCCUCGGCCUCGGCUCGUCACACAAUGCCGUCGAGUCAAGACCAGUCAUUUUCGUGAGCCUACUUCGACCACUGAGUUUAUGGAGUGAGAUGGGUAGGAAGAUGGGCCUGGAUGUUCAAUCUCUACUCAGAAGCAAGAAGAUAAUGUAUAUCGACUGUCUUAGUCUUCCUUCUGGCCAUCCUUCAUCACCAGCAGAUGCCUUGGUCCCACCAACGAUAAAGUUGAAGUCCCUUGCGUUGAGCGCCGUCCGAGAUGCUGUCGACACUGCUUUGAAGUCGAUGGCUUCGUCUUCCGCUACAGCUAACGCUACCGCUACAGCUACGUCUUCUCAGUCACCAUCAAUAAUGACAGCAUCCUCAUCUGCGAUACCGACUCCUCGGAUGCCUCCGCCUCCAGCUUCACGGCCACCAGCAGCUUCUCCCUCCACACCUGUUCCCAGCACAAAACCGGUCAUCCUGCUCGAUGGAAUCGACUUCGUGCUGUCUUCUCAGCCGUCAUGCUCGACACUGACUCUAGACUCAUUCCUUUCCUCGCUACGGGCGCAAUGCCAUGCACUGGUGGUCACGGGCAACGCUGACGCGCCUUUGCUCCAUACUGCUGGAUCAGAUAUCUCUCCAGGCACACCUCUGGAACGGAAUCACGCUCACUUUCUGACGAGCAUGGCGCAUCGAUGUCAAUGGGUGUGGCAACUGCGAGGGCUGGAUACCGGGAGUGCAAAGGACGUCACAGGUGUGCUAAGAAUGAGUCGAGGUGGAGACCUCGGCUCUGAAGAGGACGAGAUUGGUCCUGAGAGAUUGCCAGAUGCAGAAUGGCUCUACCAAGUCAAGGGCGAUAGCUCUGUAAGAGUAUGGAGUCGUGGUGAAUGAGCCAGUAUGGUGGUGGUUGAUGGCCGCGCCACCGCUGUCGCACAGGACUAGGCCCUAUCCGGGGAUUAACGUGGUCUGGUGCAAUUCUGCAACGAUGCAGCGAUCAUUUCAUAUAUCUUACUCACCACCUGCGAGAUAGUUGGGUUUUCAUGGAAGAUGAAGUCGGCCAUGAUUGUUCACAGUGAACAAUACAUGAGGCAUUUGGAGAUGCCGGAAGUACUUCCGCCCACUGUUGUUUUUUUCGCUGCCGAGCUAGAUGAUGCCAUCCGUGCUUAUUCAACGUUGGUCCGGGCCUGCUUGACGAGGUAAACC